CUUAAAAGGCACCCACAAAACCCGUGUGAUAAACACUAGCACUAACAACACCACCACCAAACAAGUUGCCAUUAUCAAAAAGCCAGCUAUCUUCAUCUUCAAAAGCUUCCUUAAUUUGCUCUUACAAGUAAUCUAAGAAACCUAAAACCCACCACUUAUCGACAUAUUCCGGCAAGAAUAAAUUACUUUCGAUCACUCCAAACAAGGAACAAGAGAUAUGUGGCGCAGCGUGGCAAGAAUAAGAAGAAACAUGCAUAACUUAAGGAAAAGCCCAAGAGUAGCAGAUGAAAGCAUGUUUGGAGGCAUGAAUAUAAAUAACGGAACAGAGUUUCCGAUAAUCUUUGCUCGGGAAACCGCUGGUAGACAGAGAAUCGGGUUUUCUGCAAUAUUUAGGAUUGUUCUUGCUCCAUUUUCGCUUCUUUCUUGCUUCUCAUCACAGCCUCAUGCCAAUGGUGUUGAUGGUCUUUGGGUCUCUGGUAGACAUGAGUUUGCUCAAAUCUCAGAGAUGAAUCAUCUUAUGGUAAAUGAUAGUAUGCGUUAUGCAAUCUUGAUGUAGAAAUUUAAUCUUUAUAUUUAA